AUGGCUUUGACUUCGAACUCGGGCAAGUCCAAGACCGGUCUUCAGUCCCGGAGUGAGCAAGUGAAGAAGACACCAACAUCGAUUCCAUUCGAGCGAUAUGUCGCAUUGCCUAUCCCCAAAGACCCGUGGACAGUCUGGAGUAUCCAAGUCCACGGGAGCGAGCGUAGCCACAAGCUGUCUGACAGCCUGGAAGAACUGACACAUUCGACAUUCCCACUGAAGAGAGCCAGGCUAUUGCCGGCAUCCUUGUAA